GGGUGUUGAGAUAGGCAGGUGCUCCCGGCAGCCAUGGGAGCCAGGAUGCUGCUGCUAAUCAGCGUUGGGAUGGCUCUCUUUGGUGGCCUCCAUGCUGUAGCCCCAACUGGCCGGCAGUUCAUUACAGCUUUCAUGCAAAACUACAAGAUGGACCAUCCUGGAGCUCAGUUCCAGCUUUUCAUCUCUGGCUACGCAUCCUCCACCAGAGUCACCGUCUCAAUCUACAAAUCCCAAUUCCGAGGCAACUUCAUCCUCACUCGGGGUCAGACGCAAGUCGUGACGAUCCCAAAAUAUGCUGAGAUGCCCGGCACAGCUAAAUUCUGCAACACAGUUCUGGUGGAAGCGGAUCAAGAUGUUUCCGUAUUGGCACUCAACUCCAAGCAGAACUCAGCUGACACAAACGUGGUCUAUCCCGUAGACAGUCUCGGCACAGAAUACUUCAUCCUCACGCCUCCCGGAGACGGAACCGGGUUAUAUAAGGAAUUCUCCAUCAUUGCGUGGCGUGAAGCUGUUGAAGUGGAGAUCUAUCUCAAGGGGAGUGUGAGAUUCCAGCAGCGUAUUUACAAAACGGGAACCAAGCUGAGUGUCUCCCUUUUGCCGUACGAAGCCGUCCAGUUCCAAAGCCGGCAAGAUCUCUCUGGCACGCGCAUCAGAUCAUCACAACCGGUGGCGGUGCUGAGUGGCCACAGCUGUGCCCGCCUGAACACCAAGUGCAACCAUGUAGUGGAACAGCUACUGCCCGUGACUAGCUGGGGUCGGUCCUUUUUUGUUCCGCCGCUCUCCUUCCAGACGAAGUAUGACAUUGCCUAUAUUGUGGCCUCCCAGAGCACCCUUGUCACCUACUUCUCCGGUGGGACUCAUAAGAACCAGCUCGUCAUGGCUGGCACAGUUUUUCAGCUGAAAGUUACCCCGUCGGCUCCCCUCUACAUCUCAGCCAGUGCUGGCAUACAAGUCUUCUUCUUCUGUACCGGUGGUUCAUAUAACAGGAUAGCUUUUGACCCUUUCCUCCUCAAUAUCCCAGAUACAUCCAGUUAUUGCACUUCCUACUCCCUCAGGAGCCAGACGGGCUUUGAGAACUAUGCCCUCGUCAUUGCAAAGAAGGCGGUGGCUGCUGCAGUUGCCAUGGAUGGAAAGCCGUUGGGCGGUGUUUCUUGGAAGCCAAUUCCAGGAUCUGAAUAUGUGUGGAGGGAGUACAGCCUGGGGGAAGCGUCAAGCCAGUAUACAGUGGGCCAUCCAGACACCCCCUUUGGCCUGCUGAGUUUUGGUAUUGCCAAUCAGAAUGGCUAUGGGGCAGUGGCCCUCUGCCAAAGUGCCUCUCUGCUUCCUCCCAAACCUUCCUGUAAUUCUGUGCAGUGCCGGAAGAAGGAAUCCUGCCAGAUAAUCAAUGACCGCCCGGUUUGUGUGCCCCAAUCCAGUGGUAUCUGCUGGGCCAUGGGUGACCCUCAUUACCGGACUUUUGACAAACAGAAGUACAACUUCAUGGGCACCUGUACCUAUACUAUGGCCAAGACCUGCGGAUCAGAUUCAACCCUCCCACCUUUUCACAUCACGGCUAAGAAUGAAAAUCGGGGCAGGAAAACAGUAUCCUAUGUCGGCUCUGUGACAGUCCAGGUUUACGGGUAUCAUAUAAGCGUGGCCAGAAAUGAACGUGGCCUAGUUAGGGUGAACAACCAGCGUUCUCGCCUGCCUAUCUCCCUCCAUGACGGAAAACUGCGCCUCUACCAGAGUGGGAGGUUGGUCGUUAUUGAGACUAACUUCUUGCUAAAGGUCUCCUAUGACUGGAACCACUACCUACUAGUGAAGAUCUCCAGUAGCUUCUUUGAAAAUGUUUGUGGCCUGUGUGGUAACUACAACGGGGACCCUGCUGAUGAUUUCAAAACUGCAAGCGGGUCCUUGGCCCCCAGUCCCGUGGAGUUUGGUCACAGCUGGAAGGUGGAAGAUGGUGAUAGCCUCUGCCAGGACGACUGCCACGGAGAAUGCAAGAAGGUGACCGUGGAGGUGCUCAUCAAAUAUAAAGUGGAGCUCUUCUGUGGCUGGAUCAGCAAAAAAGAGGGUGGCCCGUUCAGCCACUGCCACUCUGUCCUUGACCCAGAGAUCUUUGUGGACAACUGUGCCUAUGACCUUUAUAUCUAUGGGGGCUACAGACAGGCAUUGUGCCAAGCACUGGAGACCUAUGCAGAUGCCUGCCAGAGAGAAGGAGUUGUCUUAUCUGACUGGAGGACGCUCACUGGCUGCCCAAUGGCUUGCCCCGAGAACAGUCACUACAAGCUCUGUGGCUCCGCGUGUCCCGCCACUUGCAACGACCAAGCUACCCCCACCAACUGUUCCUCCUUGGCUUGUGUGGAGACCUGCCAGUGCGAUGAAGGGUUUGUGAUGGAUGCUGGGAAAUGCAUUCCCCGGGCUGCCUGCGGGUGUGUUUUUGAAGGGAGACUCUUCCCCCCCAAGGAGGAGUUCUGGGGAGACAGCACGUGCACCAAGCGUUGCAUCUGCGACCCGCAAACCAAGCAAGUGACUUGCCAGAGAGCGAGUUGUAAGAGUGGGGAACACUGCCAGAUCCAGAACGGCAUCCAGAACUGCUACCCAACUGGCUUUGGAACGUGUGCUGCCAUCGGCCACUCCCACUAUCACACCUUUGACGGCCAGCAUUUUAACUUCCAGGGCACCUGUCUCUACCAGUUUGCGGGACUGAGCAAGAAGAGUCAGGAGCUGGUGGAUUUCCAAGUCCUGGUGCAGAACGCACGCCAAGGUGGCGGGUCUCCGUCCCUGAACAAACUGGUCAAGGUUCAAGUCUACGGGAUUGAGAUUACCCUCAGCUGGGCUUAUCGUGGAAGAAUAAUGCCCAACGAGACAGUACUCCUGAAUGAUUGCCAGGAAGUCUGCCGCUGCAUCCCCGGCCGGGGGGUCAUCUGCGAGUCCCACAGCUGCGGCAGCGACGAGACCUGCAAAACCCAGGAUGGGAUCAUGAGCUGCAUCAAUAGAGAUCCUUGCAAAUCAUUGACAUGUCGGACCAAGGAGACCUGCAAGCUGGAGAACGGCCGGGCCACAUGCGUCCCUCUCUACAACGAGACCUGCUGGGGCUGGGGGGACCCGCACUACCAUACCUUUGAUGGCCGGGAGAUCGAUUUCCAGGGCACCUGCACCUACACCAUUGCCAAAUACUGUGGCAAUGACUCUACACUGGUACCGUUCAGAGUGGACGAGAAAAAUGAUAACAGAGGCAGCCAGGCCAUUUCUUUUGUGAAAAUGGUCAACAUCUACAUCCGAGAGCACAACAUCUCCAUCCGUAGGAAGGAAUUUGCCAAAAUCCGGCUGAAUGGUGCCAUCACGAACCUGCCUGUGACUCUUGACGAUGGGAAGACGGAGAUUUUCCAGAGCGGUCUACAAGCUAUACUGCAGACUGACUUUGGGCUGGUUGUUUCUUUUGACUGGAGCUCGCUGGUGGAGAUAACCCUGCCCAGCAGCUACUAUGGCGCCAUCUGUGGCCUCUGUGGGAAUUUCAACCAAAACCCAGACGACGAUAUGGCGAUGCCCACAGGCAAAGUGGCUGCUUCCGCGGUGGAGUGGGGCAGAAGCUGGAAAGUGAAGGACCGUGACCCUUUCUGCUGGGACUUUUGUGCGGGGGACUGCCCGGUUUGUGAAGAGCAGCAACGCCGGCUCUUUGAGAGCGAGGAGUUCUGUGGGCUGAUCGCCAAAGCAGACGGGGGGCCCUUCCGCGAAUGCCACUCCAAGUUAAACCCCGACGACUUCUUCGACAGCUGUGUCUAUGACGUCUGCCUCAACGGCGGUGCCAAGAAUAUCCUGUGCCAAGCUCUGAGUGCCUACGCUACCAACUGCCGCAAAGAAGGGGUGAUCCUCCAGGACUGGAGAGCUCAGAGUGGCUGUGCUUUGCCCUGCCCUGAAAACAGCCACUACGAGGCCUGCGGAAAUGCCUGCCCGGCCAGCUGUGCGGACCGUUCUGCCCCUCAGACGUGCAGUAUGCCCUGCUUGGAAACGUGCCAAUGCAAUGACGGCUACGUCCUCAGCGCCGAUAAGUGUGUCCCUGUGGGGACCUGCGGCUGCACCCACGAUGGCCUCUACUAUAAGCCCGGUGAGGAGUUCUGGGCCGACGAGAACUGCAGCUCUCGCUGCCGAUGUGAUCCCAGCCUGGGUUUGAUGGUGUGCCAGCCAGCUAGCUGCAAGCCCAGUGAGAGAUGUGCUGUGGUUGAUGGCAUCCGGGGCUGUCACCCCCGCAGCCACGCCACUUGCUCAGCAUCCGGAGACCACCACUUUACGACCUUCGAUGGGAAGAGAUAUGAUUUUACAGGCACUUGCAUCUACCAGGCGGUUGGGCUGUGCUCCAAAGAGUCUGGUCUCACCCCGUUCACCAUCACGAUCCAGAACAGCCAAGGCAGUAAGACGGCACCGUUCUCUUCCGUAGUUACUCUGGAAGUCUACGGUAGAACCAUCACAAUCAGCCAGGAGCAGCCUCACACAAUCCAGGUGGACGGGAUGUUUGUGGAUCUGCCUUUCUACCAUGAAGAUAAGGUGAAGGCCUACAUCAGCGGAGCCCACGUCCUUGUUACAACCAAGUUUGAUUUGGCUGUGACCUUUGGCUGGAAUAGGCUGGUUCGUAUCACUAUUCCCAGUACCUACUUCAAUGCUGUCUGCGGCCUCUGCGGCAAUGACAACGCAGAACCGGGUGAUGACCUGACCAUGAAGGAUGGGCAGCGGGCAGCCAAUGCCGCCCAGUUUGCAGAGAGCUGGAAGGUCGGCGAGAUCCCGGGGUGUGUGAACGGGUGCACCAGCAAUUGCCCGGUGUGCGAGGAAGCGCAGAAGCGAACCUACGAGGGAGACCAGUACUGCGGGAUCCUCACCAGGAAGGAUGGACCUUUUAAGGAUUGUCACAAGGCUGUUGACCCCGCCCCCUACGUCAGCGACUGCGUCUUUGAUGUCUGCCACUACAAGGGUCACCACAGCAUCCUCUGCCACGCAAUCAGUGCCUAUGUGACAGCUUGCCAAGCUCAGGGCAUCCAGAUUGGGCAAUGGAGAUCGGCUUCUUUCUGCAGCCUUUCCUGCCCACGUAACUCUCACUAUGACCUCUGCGGAAACGGGUGCCCCACGACCUGCCACAGCCUCUCGGCUCCUGAUGGGUGUCAGCAAUCCUGCAAAGAAGGCUGUUACUGCAAUGCUGGUUUUGUGCUGAGCGGAGACGAGUGUGUCCCCAUCGGCGAGUGUGGCUGCGUGCAUCAGGGCAGGUAUUACAAGAAGGGGGCUGCUUUCUUUCCCAGCCAUUCCUGUCAGGAGAGAUGCCGUUGCACAGACAAUGGAGUCGUGGAAUGCCAGAGUGUAUCUUGUGGGGACAACGAGGAGUGUGGAGUGCAGCACGGUGUGCGAGGCUGCCACCCCAUCGGCUGUGGCAAAUGCAGUCUGUCUGGAGGAUCCCAUUUCCUGACUUUUGAUAGACAAAUCAUCAACUUCUCGGGUUCUUGUACUUAUGUGCUGGCCAAAGUCUGCAGCGGAGAUCCCGGCCUUGUACCGUUUUCUGUGGUGAUCGAGAACGAGAGUGUUGGCAAAGUGGUGACCAAAGAGGUUGUGGUCACUGUUCAUGGUUACACCAUCAACCUUGUGAAGGGAAUGAACGGGAAGAUUCAGGUGGAUGGAGAGACCUUUGCUCUGCCGCUGGUCAUUGGGAGGAGAAUGGUUUGGGUGAACCAAGAAGGGAAGAAUAUCAUAAUCCAGACUGAUUUCGGCCUGAAAGUCCUCUGCGAUUCCUCCUAUUACGUCCUGGUGUCUGUUCCCAGCACAUACCGAGGACACAUGUGUGGCUUGUGUGGCAAUUUCAACGGUGACAAGAGUGACGAAUUCCUACUGCCCGAUGAGAAAACUACCCAGAAUGUGACUGAAUUUGGGAUGUCCUGGAAGGUUCCAGUCCAAAAUGCUGCUUGUUCAGAUGGCUGCGGGCAGAACUGUCCCAACUGUGCCUCGAUCAAGACAAGUCCCUACCAGGCGGAGAACUCCUGUGGCCUGAUUUUAGCUCAGUCAGGUCCUUUCCGAGACUGCCACCCCUUGGUGAGAGCGGCUGACUACUUUGAUCUCUGCCUGUACAGCAUGUGUGUGGCCAGUGGGGCAAAAGAAAUCCUCUGCCAGAGUCUUCAGGCUUAUAUGACAGUGUGCCAAGCAGCAGGAGCAAAGAUCGAGGCUUGGAGGAUGCCUUCCUUCUGCCCUCUCUCCUGCCCAGCCAACAGCCACUAUGAGUCAUGCUCCAGGUCCUGUGAUCUUACCUGCGCCGGUCUGUCGGCUGCUCCCUCUCUGUGUACCCAGAAAUGCUUUGAAGGCUGCCAGUGUGACGCUGGCUACAUGUCUGAUGGGGAGACGUGCGUGCCCAUGGAGAGAUGUGGUUGUGUAUAUAAUGGGCACUACAUCAAGGCUGAAGAAAGCGUCGUCUCUAAGGACUGCUCGGAGAAAUGUACCUGUCAUGCCUCAGGCCGGCUCACCUGUGCAAAAGUCACCUGCAAGACUGGGGAGGCCUGCGCCGUUAAGAACGGCCAGCGUGGCUGUGUGAAACAGGAAGCCCAGUGUGCCCUCGCCGUAGGAGGUCAGCUCACCACAUUUGAUGGGGCUUCAGGGGAAAUACUCUACACAGGGGUCUAUGAAGUGGCAUCGCUCUGUAACGUGGAAGAUCGUUCCUGGUUCCGGGUGAUAGUGGACGUGAAGUCAUGCAGCGAUGGAGAGGUCAUGGCCGGCGCAGCCAUCUAUGUCUUCUUCCGAGAGACCUUUAUUGCCAUCAACAAGAACAAGGAGACUUGGGUGAACGGAAAACCAGCACAGCUCCCAGUGACCACCUCUGAAGCUGUGUCUGUCCGCCUGUCCCAGGAUGUCGUUACGAUCAGUCAAGGCACAGCUCUUCAGGUACUCUUUGGCCUCAGAGGGGAAGUGACAGUGAAGGUCAAGGCAAGCUUGGAAGGCAAGCUGUGUGCCUCCUGUGGAAACUUCAACGGGGACAAUGCUGAUGACCUGAGGCUACCCAAUGGGAAAAUUGUGGGUGACAUUGCUGAGGUUAUUGAUGCCUGGAGAGCCAGAGACUUCAGUGGCUGUGAGUAAUAUAAUCGCAUGUGAACGGGGAAACCACGGCCGCCAGCUCCGUCCAUGAUCAUCAACCACAACCACUUCCCAUGAUCUUUGAACCUCAACACACUGUUUGUACAAAAGAAAAAAUGUUAUGCAAUGAAAUCACGUGAUAAAUGUCAAUAAACAAUGUGCAGAUCUGAAAA